UCUACUGAGAAUCGUUUUAUAUUGUCUAUGGUGAAAUACGAAGUUCUGGAUGUUUACUUGAAUCUGUGCGCGUUACCUGUGUCUUCCGCCAACCUGUCCCUCCCGGCGAUUGGACAAAUGUCUACAUAAGGCUCAGCGCUUUGGCAUCCUGAUUGGUCGCCUCAGAUGCCUGUAACAGGUGUCCCGACCCCGCCUCCUCCCCCUCUCCUGUCUCUUUGCUCUCGGUCUGUCCUUCAGUCUGGAAACCUGUGAUGAGAGUUUUAAUAAUGGCGUGGCAGCAGAGAGGGGCAGCUGCUCUCUGCCCAGGUCCGGGACCGGAAACCCACCUGUAAACAUCAAAGAGGAAUUUGAUGAAAAAAUCUGUUUAGUGACUGUUAUAAUGUUACCUCACAGAGUAAAUCUCCGCUGAGAGGUCGCUCUGUAAACUGUGUGAAACUACUGGAUUGUCGCUGGAAGCGGUCGGUCAUGUCGUUACUGUGCGUCAGAGUGAAGAAAGCCAAACUCCAGGGACCACCAGAUAAGUUCAACACCUAUGUGACGCUGAAAGUGCAAAAUGUUAAAAGCACAACUAUCACUGUGCGUGGGGACCAGCCCUGCUGGGAGCAAGAUUUCAUGUUUGAGAUCAACCAGCUGGACCUCGGCCUUAUUGUUGAGGUGUGGAACAAAGGUCUCAUCUGGGACACCAUGGUGGGGACUGCAUGGAUUCCAUUAAAAAGUAUUCGACAAUCAGAGGAGGAGGGCUCAGGUGAAUGGCUUUUCCUGGAUGCAGAGGUCCUGAUGAAAGCUGAUGAGAUAUAUGGCACGAAGAAUCCGACGCCUCAUCGAGUCCUGUUGGAUACUCGUUUCGAACUGCCUUUUGAUAUCCCGGAUGAUGAGGCACAGUAUUGGACUGGCAAACUGGAGCGCAUCAACAGAAUGGGAAUCCAUGAUGAGUACUCUCUUCAGGAAGAUGUUCAGAGUCACCCAUUGCCAUUUGCGGCUUCCCAGUGCUGCAACUAUUUCGGAUGGGCUGAUUCACUGACCUUGGAUGACCAGGACAGUGCUGUAGAUGACCGGGAUAGCGAUUAUCGCAGUGAGACCAGUAACAGUUUGCCUCCACGUUACCACACAACUGCUCAGCCCAACUCAUCUAUGCACCAGUACCCGAUGGGGCCUCGGCCACAGCAUCGCCCGGAUGGCUGCACAGACUCUGUCCACAGUUUCGACCUGGACUACAGGGACCCAAGAGGAAGCAGAAGCUCUUUAAACCAGAAAGGAAGAGUCAGAAUUAUACCUGUAGAUUCUGGCAUGGGGGUUGAAGAUUGGGAAAACAAAUACAAGGGGCAAAGCAAGCCACAGCUAAGUGACUUUAUAGAUGAUGAAGACAGCGUUAUCUUUCGCAUGGGAAGACCCUACUCCGAGCUAUCACAUUCACCUAUCCAUCAGAAUACAAAGCAUAGUGGUGGUCUGCCUGCCACCUAUCCUGAGGGUUAUGAUACUAUUGAUCGUCGGCGAAAGAAAAAGAUUACAGACCCAGGAGGGUUUCUCAGUCCAGAAGCAGACAAAAUGAGAAAAGAGACCUUUCCCGCUGACCUUGCACUCCUCCGUGAGAAAAGAGGGGAGCUUUUCAUGCGACAGGUAGCAGAGAUGCAGGAAGAGGAGGAGCGUAUGACAUCAGAUCUGAGACCAUAUCAGAAUGGGCUUCUCUACAAAACAAGGAUGUGGGCUAAAAAUGAGCUGGACAGCACUUUGGAGAAUUAUGUGGCAUACAAAAAAGGUCAAGAUGCUAGAAGGAAGGCACAGUUUGAUUUUGAAAUGGAGAACCCUCUGCACCACCCUAUAGGAGCAGAGGACAGUGUUAAUGACAUUGCCUUUAUGGCUGAUGAGUGUCGCUCAGAGAACAAAAGACAUUAUAAAGAUAGGCAUUCUUUCUCCUAUGAGGACCACAUAGAACAUUCACAGUGCCUUUGGGAGAAGUAUGGGAAACCUAAAUCAGGAGGAUGGGUUUCAGAGGCAAUGCUCUCUCCUGUAGAAGAGCCAAGUGAUGAAUAUGUUGAUCCUAUGGAUGAGCUUCAAUGUCUUGUUGAAACAGUGUCUGAAUACCUGGCUGAAAAAGAAGAGGAAAUUAGCAAAUAUGGAUCCCUGCCUAAAUCAAGCAAGUCUAGGCUGUCCUCCUAUGGUAGCAAUAGAACUGAUUCAUUUGGGGAGGAGCAAAGUAAUUCAAAGGAUUUAAGAGAAGAAUCCCAAUCACAUGCUGCUUCUGAUCAGGGCAUUUCAGGAGUAAAAAAUGCCAUGAGCUCAUUGUUUACUUCUCUCACUGACAAAGUUGGUGGAGGCCCUAAACAACCUGCCCUAUCUCCACAAGUAUCAUCUGCACAAUCCUCACAAUCUGGACUAACAAAAUUGUUGUCCUUCAUUCCUAAGUCAAAUAACACAGCUCCCGUAGCUAUUGUCUCUCCAGUAGAAAGUUCUCCUGAAAAGUCAUUCAAUUCUUUGCCUUCUCACCCACCACAUGAUGCCAAAAUACACAGUCAUCAUCAAGAAACACAAACUCCCAGCAGGUGUCAGACUCAAACAAGUGCAAAAGACCAUGUACCCAAGCUUGUAACCAAACCUCAAAGUGCUCCAGAAAACUCAGUCUUGGGUAGAUUAAAUCCUUUGAAGCUUUUUUCAGCUGAUAAUGUGAAUUUGGCUGAAUGCAAACAGGCGUUGGAAUCCACAUGUUCUCAGAGUCAUACACAAUUGGAAGAGAGAUGGCUUGAUAACAGAGGUAGUGAAUCAGAAAAAUUAAGAAGACUUUCACAUGAAAAAUAUUCAGGACAAAAUUGUGAUAGAAACUUAUAUGAGACACAAAUUCAGUCAAUUUUGAAUAAAGGGAGUAUUCCUGUUCCAGAGCCAGAAAGGUCAACUGGGCCAACACAUUCUGUAAACACCAGUUUCUUUAGCCCUUUUAAGAAGUCAUUAAGUUCUCUGAUCACACCUGCUGCCCCUGUUCCCCCCCACGGAGCUCCACCUGUGGCAGUUUAUCCAGUGUUUAGAACCACAGAGAGCCCCCAACUAGAGGAACCAGUUGAAGACCCAGCAUUGACUAGUAAGCCUAAAGUACCUUUCUCUUCAUCUGAAAACGUUUCCAUUCAGCCACGUCCCAAAGCAGAAGGUGGUGUGCUUUCUGGUUUUUUAAAGUUUGCAUCCAGUGAAGACAUCAGUGCCUCCAUAAAAACACAGAAUCCUCAGCAUGAUCUGACUUCAACAACUUCGACCACCUUGACCAAGAAUCCUCCUGUGCACCAGGAAAAUAGUGAGAAAGGGUGGUUUUCCAGCAUAUUCAACCCUACCCCAGCACCCUCUGGUCUAGACCAGAAUGUAAUCUGUAAUCAGCAACCUCAGAACAGUAAACUGUCAUCUGUCUCACAAGCCCAACAUACAUCAAAUCAGAAAUCUGGAAUGCAGCAGCAGACUGUCAAUCAACCAAAACAAGGUGGACUGCUAUCUGGAAUUCUUACAUUUGGCUCUAGUAGUGACUUAUCUGGCCAUUUAUCACAGCAUGCUAACAAUCAGCCAUUCAACAGAAAUAAUCCCACACAAUUUUCCCAACACACGGCCCCAGAACAAACCUCUUCAACUCCACAGAUGGGGGGCCUUCUCUCAGGUUUAUUGAACAUUUCAUCUACCAAAAACCUGCAACAAAAGGGACAAUCUCGUGAUAGUGAAGCACAAAGGAAUAUUCCCGGCAAUUACUUUGGUCAGCAGCAGACUUCACACAGAACUCAGCAAACACACACUGCAGAAAAGGGACUGCUAUCUGGCUUGCUCAAAUUUGAAUCCUCUGAGAAUAUUUCAAGGAGUCAAACAGUUCACCACCAAAGCAGUCAACAAGGUCCAAGCCAACUGAGUACUCAAGGUCCAAGCCAAGGUCAUCCUAUUAAAAACAUUCCUCAGAAUCACCAAGGUGUCCGAUACGAGACAAAUAAACCAGGAUUUGCUCGACAGCAGACUGUUCCACUUCAGCAAGCACCAUCCCAACAAGGUGGUUUUCUAUCUGGACUUUUCAAAUUUGCUUCAGCAGACAACAUAAACACACAAAGUCAACCAUCAGCUCAUCAGCAUGGAUUGACACUAAGCAAAUCCAAUAAUGAGCCAAUAAAGACAACGAAUAUCCAAGUUUCUAGUCAAGAUCAGCCAAAAAAUAGCACAACGCAAAAAACAACACAUGCAAGUAGUCUGUUGUCUGGACUUUUUAAAUCCCCUUCAGAAAACACAGCUCAACAGUUGCAGCCCAAAAACACCUAUGAAACACAACAGCAAAACAAAAUACCACAUAACCAGACUGAUCCAACACAGAUAGAGACAGCGGGUCAAUCGGGAGUGCUCUCAGGGUUUUUAAACAAGUUUACAAAAUCAAAUGAAAGUAUUCACACAACCUGUCAAACAUCAACAGAACAACCACCUCAAGAAAGGGCCAAUAAUUAUACAGUUACAAUGAAAAGCCCACUGCAAAAACAGCCACACAAUAAUAUGACACAACAACAAUCAAAAGAAAAGGCAGAAAAAGAGAAAAGAACAAGUCAGAUAAGUGGACAACAGACUACUUCAGCCAAGUUCAUAGAGUCUUAUUCUGACAUAUUAACAAAUGCUAAUGUAAACCUUGGAAGGGAUGGUUUACAAAAAGACAAUCCAGAUUCUCUCAAUCCAGGAAAGAGUAGACAUGCUUUAAUCAGUGUACCUGUGUCAGUCGAUACUGAGAGUUUGGAUUUGCGUACAUCAGCUACUUUUGCAAGAUCUCUUCAGAGCUGCACGACAUACUCCUCAGUGAGCACUGGUAAUUUGCCUCAGUUAUAUAAUUCUGGUUCAUUUAGGUCAACUAACCCAAUGGCCUAUAGUGCAGGAAAUAUCCAUUCCCUUUUACAAAGUUGUGCAACUUCACCAGUCAUGACCAUGCAUCCAUAUAUUGGUGGAAGCUCUCCAUCUUUAUACAGUGCUACAAGUCAAAACCUUUAUCAGUUAUCUGCAUAUGCAGUAAGUCCCUCUUAUGAUGAAAACCAGUGGAUCCGUGAAAGUGCUCUGUGGCAGCAGUUUCAGGAUGAGUCACUAGGUUAUCAUUUCCCAGUAGAGAAUCAAGGAUAUAGGCUGAGUUCUGAAAGUACACCAUUACCAGUACCUGAGAAUCAGAACACUGUGCAAUGGCAAGGUGUUGUUUAUCACCAAGAAAAAUAUAAACCACAUCAGUGUGAAGGAUAUAGAAAUGAUGAUCUAUAUCCAAAGAGAAAAUUAUGGAAUAGUUAUGAAGACUUGGGAAAUAUAGAACAUUUACCCAAUGAGGAAGGUGUGUUGAACUUAACUACUAAACAGAGUAAUGCCAAGUUUGGGAAAUGGCAUUCAUUUAAUGAUGGUAGCACUUAUAGCUUGAAUGGUGUUUCAUAUCAUGAAGGGUAUUAUGAAGAAACUGCUCCAAGCUUAUCUUAUUCAGCUAACUGGCAAUAUGGAAUGGAUAAUCCAGACUCACAGCAUGUUCACACCAAUGGCAUGAUCCAUCACAGUCAGCUUAAUUUGAAUAGACCAGUAGAUCCUCCAAGGGCAAAUAUAGACCUCGAAGACUCCCUGUACCUUGAAGACACUGAAUGGUAUCAACAGUGGCUGGCACUUUUGGAGCAAGGAAUGUGGUGGCCAGCAGAAGACGGUGACUGUGGCUACUUUGUUUACACAGAUCAUGAGUAUAUUUAUGCUUUACUUACAGAUGCAGUGGGAGAAUAUGUGUAUGCAUGUGCCCCUGAAGGUGAAUCUUGGGGAAAUGCACAGCAGUUAGAAAGUUUUCCAAGUGCUUGGCUGAAGAAUGAGAUGGUUUUAGUCUGUGGCUUUAAAAUUCCACUUUACAAUGAAGAUGAGCUUCUUUGGCUUCCAGGUCAAGAUCACAGAGAUUCUCAACUUCUAAAUGCCCCCCUAGAUUUGUCUGCUGCCUACAGAAAAGGAAAUGAGAUUAUGAAUUUAAAUCUUGAACAAUUCUCUCAAAUGUUUGAGAAUUCAUUUCUGUCUCAAGGGCAGCCUGGUGUGGAUUUCUCAUCCUAUACAUUAAACAAAGUUAAGAUGGAUCCAAGACAGCCUAGUUAUGUAUAUCAAGAUUAUUGUAAUGACAUCAUUGACCUUUCAUGUCAUAAUAGAGAUCAUAUUGGCCCAUAUUGGAAUAACCAGGAAGUAAAGACAUUUCUUGCUCAAAAAGUUUCGGUCUCCCUGAAUUCUACUCCUACAGCAAAUUCUAAUCAACACUUACUUUACAACUGUUACCAACCUAGCCAACAGCGGCGUUCAUCAACUGCUGUUACAAUAAAACAUGUGAAUGAUGUAUCAGAGGAAGAAUGGAGGAAAAGAGUGUCUCCAGGAGAACAGCAACCUAAUCGUCAGGUUAAGAAGAUUUCUUCCCUAAUAACCUCUUUUGUCAGCAAAACAUCACAGGUUGAAUUGAACAGUUCUAAUAAGUCCACAUGUGAGCAAGCCACUGACAAACAAUCUAAAAGCAUCCUUUCAUCAGGAUUUCAGAGUCUGAAGUCUAAGAUCAUCAGAGAAGAAUCUACUGCCGUUGUAACUCAGACAGAAAGCUUUAAACAACAAAUUGAAAUGCCAGUUACCAAACAGGGUAGAAUUUUGCCCACAGUACCAACAGCACCUCAAGUGACUCACCCUGCAACACACUCAACAAAUUUGCAUGCAACUCAGAAACCUAAACUUUCGCGGCAGACUACCAUGGUACAACAAGUGACUCCACCAACAAACCUCAAUGUGACAGUGCCUUUAGGAUCAAAAGAAUAUCUUAGUAAACCUGCACCAACUGGACAACCUACAUCUGAUAAACCGAUGGACAUACCAGUGGGAAAACCAUCUGAACAACCACAAGCAGGGUUGAUGAACUUCCUAAAAUCUGCAGUAGGAAUGGAGGAAACCAAACCAGUUCUCAAUAAAUUUACUGACACAUCUCCAAAUCAACAGAGCAAAACUGGCAGCACAAGCUCCUUACCAGGAAGUGCCACUACAAAUAAAGAGGCUACAGGAGUUUCAAAUCUUUUGGGGUCAAUCAGUAAUCUGUUUAGCACUGAGCCCUCUCAACCACAAAAACAGCAAAUCAAACCUAGUGUUACAGAGGAUUCACUAACAUCAGCAUCUCGAUCUAAAGGUAUUCAGAGACAGCAAACGUUAGACCAAAGUGGCUCAUCUAGGCCCAUGCAGAGCCUAAUCCCAGAUAAAAAUAUAUUGGAAGUGUCUACUCAGAGUAUCCCUACAGGCUCUGCAGCCAGCCACUCACAAUCUGUGCCGCCUGUUGCACAAACAACGCAGGAAACUGAAAGUAAACCAUCUGGUGGACUGUUUGGAUUUUCAGUUGGAGAAAUAUUCGGGGGAUCAGCAGCAUCUAACCAGUCUGGUCCUACUGGUCAACAGGAAGAAUCACUUGGUAAAACUAUAUUUUCAAUGUUUACAGGGCCAAAUACUCAGCAGACUACAGAUAAAUCUGGGACAUUGUCUCAAACACACCCAUCAAGCACACCUUCACAGCCUUCUCAACAGGAAACACUUGGUAAAAGUUUAUUAUCAAAGUUGUCAGCAUCAAGUCCUCAUGCACCUCCUAACGAAACCAGGCCCAACACUGAGGCGCCACAGGGGGGAACUAUCCCUCCAAAGGAUCCUCCAUCUACAGGGUUCCUUUCAAUGUUCGGCAGUCACAGCACCCAACAAUCUCAAAAUCAAACUGGAUCUUUUCUAGGGGGAAUUCUUCCUGGGUCAUCAAGUUCAGCUGAAAGCCCAAUGAAGGGGCUGUUGUCAAUGUUUAGUGAUCCCAACCCGCCACAAACACCGUCAUCAACAAGACCAUUUCAAGAACGAGUAGUCCAGUCACAAACUCAACAACAAGGGGGACCACAGGCACAAUCUAAACCACAAGAACAGCCUCUACCACAAGGACAAACAGCUACCUCUGUUCUUGGGGGUAUAUUCGGUGGAUUGUCUGCCUCUACUGAAAAUCCAAGAAAAACAUUGUUUUCCGUGUUUAGUGGUCCUAGUUCCCCUCAACCACCAAGAACUGGAGGAGAUACAAACAUGCCCUACACACCAGGGACUGCAGUCCCAAAAGAACCAACCAAGAGUAUGUGUUCUGUUUUUAACGAUGUUUUGCCAACACCACAACAGACUACCAGUUCAUCUGCUGCCACCUCUGCCAAAGAGUCCCCAGCUAUUCAUUCACAACAAAGUUCUUCCCAGAUGGCAUUUAUUUCAAGUGACCAUGUCCUCAAAGAUGCCCCUUCUAGUGAAUUCUCAGGGAACAAAUCUGAUAGUAACUCCUGUCAAGUGCAUGCUGUCCCAUCUAGUGAUAUUACAGUAGUUACCACAAAUACUUGUGGUGACUCAUUUGAAGCCAGUGAUGUUAUGUCUAAGCACUCAAAUUUAGAAUGUGGUGUUGUGCAUAAGGAAAUGAGCACAGAGAGUGCACCCCAGGAUCCUUCUUUUUCUAAAGAACCUUCAGCCUCUGUGAUUAGUGGAUCAGACCCACAUCCUCCAUCUUCAACUGGAUCUAUCUCAGAUGAGCCAGGAAAAGGUUUCCUUUCUUUAUUUUCUACACCCAGCACUGAGCCAAGUUCUACCAAAACAGGUCUGUCAACUACAGGAUCUACACCUGGAUCAUCGGGCCUGAAAGAUCAAUCAGCCAAGGGGUUAUUUUCAGUGUUUGCAAGUUCUGCCCCUCAGCCCUCUUCACAGACUGGAAGUUCUCUGUUAGGGGCAAUGUUUGGAGGUUCUUCACCUCAAACACCAUCAUCUCAAGUAGGAGGAUCAUUGCUAGGUGGGUUAUUUGGAGGGUCUGUACCGCAGACUGCUCCACAAGCUAGUCUCAACAAGACUGGUGGUUCUGUUCCCCAAACUACAGGAUCACAGCCAGGGUCAUCAUUACUUGGAGGCUUAUUUGGAGGAUCUGCUUCCCAGGCUGCUGGAUCCCAGUCUGCUGGGUCUAUUUUGGGUGGUAUAUUCGGUGGUUCAACAGUUUCAUCUCUUGUGCAGACUAGUGGGUCCACAAGUGGAAGUUUUGGUGGGGCUGAUCAGACUUCCGCAACUCAAAAUAAAAACUCUAUAUUCGGAGGGAUUUUGGGCAGUUCACCAUCUCCAACAGCUGGUGUACAGACAGGUACAUCUCUUCUAGGUAGUAUUUUAACUGGCGCUUCUGGUCCAAAUGACACAAGUUUGUUUUCAGUGUUUGGAGGAUCUACUUCAGAUGCAACAACUACUCCAACAUCUAAUAAUGAAAAAAUAUCAACUACCACUCUCAACAGCACUACAUCAACUGUAACUGAUCAGCAAAAAGCCAUUGACAGUAAAACUGUUUCAACUGGUGGUGAUACAAGUGAAAUUAAUACUUUGAUCAAAAGCAACGAUCAAGUGGAAAUCCCAAAUACACUUGAGAAUAAAGUUCAGCCUCUUGCUGCAAGCUUGUCUAAAGGUGAGGAUAGUCUCAUAGAAGAAGUAAGUUGCCAAGAUACUGAUAAGCAAACUGCUUUAUCUGAAAAAAAUCAGUCUAAAGAGUUUGAAAUGUGUGCAUCAACAGAACAAAUUGUCAAUUCAGAGAUUGCAGGUAGUAGUCAGUUGAGUCAAGAUACAAAAACAUCUAAUGCAGAAGAGGAAAUGCCAUUCCCUCAGUCUGUAAGUUCUUUGGUCCAAGAACAGCAGAAACCUCCAGUACCAGACAAGUCAGAUACAGUUACUAGCUUCACGUCCACCCUUUUCAAACCAACCCCUACUCCCACUGAAGGUCAGCAACAGCAAAAGCCUUUUGGAUUGGGAGGAACAGCACCCCAACCUUCCUCCAUUCAGACUGGUGCGUCAAUACUAGGGGGUAUUUUUGGAGGCCCCAGUGCCCAGGCAGCGUCUCCCCAGACAGGUGGAUCAUUACUUGGAGGCUUAUUUAAAGGGUCCGCUCCUCAGUCUGCUACUCAAGCCACUGCCCCCACCACCGGAGGUUCAAUAUUAGGUGGGAUGUUUGGGGGAGGAUCCAGUGCCAAAUCUGCAGUUCCCCAGAGUGGUGGCUCAUUACUGGGUGGAAUGUUUGGAGCUUCUGGAGUUACACCUCAUGCUGGUGGUUCUUUGUUUGGAGGUAUGUUUGGAGGAGCUACUGGUCAGACUGCAGGAUCACAAACUGGAGCAUCAACUUUACUUGGUGGCAUAGGAGGAUCUUUGUUUGGGGCUAUGGGACAACCACCUAAGCCAUCUGAAUCUGUGCCAGCUAUACCAAAACCAACAGCCAGUGCAAUGGGACAACCACCUAAGCCAUCUGAAUCUGUGCCAGCGGUACCCAAACCAAUCACCAGUGCAAAUAUGAUGGGCUCAACAUUGCAAGAUAAAGAUCAAGUGAAGCCUGGCAGCUUAAUAAAUGACAGUGCUGGGGAAGCUGAAACAGCUUGUUUAAAAACUUCUACUGUUUCAAGUGCAGCAAAAGACAUUUCUGUCAUUCAUCAGGUAGUUGACAAUGAAAAAGAAAAGCCAGAAGGGGAGGGAGAAGUGAUACAUGAGAAGCCCAUGGUUAUUAAAGAGGACCCUGAGAGUAAAGAAAGUGACAAGUCAGUCCCACCUGAUGUAACAGAGGCAGAUGUUAAUGUUACUUUACCUCCUAAUCAGUUGCCCAACAAUGCAGAGUCUUCUCAAGCUAAGUCUUUGUUUGGGUUUAUAUCAGCACAGAGCAAUGCAGUAAAAUCUCUUGGAUCCCUGAUGUCAUCAGCACCAUCACUUGCUUCAUCAUUGUCUCAGACAGAAGGAGGUAGUAGCCUAAUUUCAGGGCUGAAAAACCUUUCUGGAGGCGUAUUUCAAGAGGAAAAACCUAAUACUGAAAAACAAGAGCCAUCCACCAUUUCAUUACUGGGGGAAAAUGCAGGUUUUCCUCAGCAGACACAGCCAUCCAAAUCACAAGCUGUCCCAGUUAUAACUUCUCAACUCCAAACUAACAACAGUUCAGCAAGCAAUGAGACUGUACAAAAGGUCGAAACAACUGAAGCCGAAAAAACUGUACCGGUAGGUUCCACAGAUGAUAUAGCAACUCCCCAGAUUUGCAUCUCCACUCCUGAUGUAGAUCCUUCAGCAUCCCUGACCCCAAAAGAGGAGGAAAGGCUUGUAGAAAUUCACCCCUCUGCAGGUCCUAACUCUGGAGUGCAGCUGGACAACCAGUCUAAUCUUCUGUUGAAUACAAAAAGGCUAGUAAAAGUACAAUAAAUGGCAUCCUCCCUCCCUGCCCCCAUUUGUGAAGUGGGAAUUUUGGGGAAAAAAAGUUUUUCCUAUUCAGCUUUGCAGUCAAUUUUCACUAAUUUAGUUAUUUUGUGUCUUUGUCUGUGUUGUUCAGUGUGGCCUUUUUGUGUUUAGUAUCUGCUGUAUCAUUUGUCAUUUUAAAUCCGAAUUCCACAACAAUGUUGUAUUGAGUUUUAACUUUCUGGCUGUAUCUACA